AUGAAGAAGCUUAAUCAUAAUAUACUUGAGAAUGUUGGGUGGAAGGUUGAUUUUAAUGGAGAUUAUGGGUAUGAGAUUAUGAAUGGGAGAAACCAAUUCAAGAUUAGAGAUCUUGGUGAACUUGGUUUCUUUCUUGGGAUUGAGACAAUUAAAUGUGAUGAUGGAAUUUUACUUUCGCAACAGAAAUAUAUGAAUGAUAUUUUGAAACGUGUUGGAAUGGCAGAAUGUAAAGCAUUAUCUACUCCUAUCUCUGUUUCGAAAUCUAUUCCCUUAAGUGCAGAUUUAUAUGAUGAUCAUACGCAAUACAGAAGUCUGGCAGGAGCACUACAAUAUCUUACUAUAACACAUCAAGAUUUAUCAUUUGAAGUCAAUCAGUUGUGUCAACACAUGCACGCUCCUACAAUAUCUCAUUGGGGGCACCUAAAACGAGUCUUGAGGUAUGUUAAAGGAACAGUUAAUUUUGGCUUGCGUAUAAGAAAGUCAGUCUCAAAAGAACUCCAUGCAUUCUCUGAUUCUGAGUGGGCUGGAUGUCCUGGGGACCACAAGUCCACUAGUGGUUUUGCUGUAUUUCUUGGAUCUAAUCUCGUCUCAUGGGUCUGUAAGAAACAAAGAACUGUUGCUAGAUCUUCUACUGAGGCAAAAUACAAAGCUCUAGCAAAUGUCUGUGCUGAAGUAACAUGGAUAGUCUCCUUGCUGCGUGAGAUUAAAGUGUCAGGUAUAUCUGUUCCAAAAUUAUGGUGUGAUGAUCUUGCUGCUACUUAUAUGUGUGCAAAUCUCAUCUUAAUGCUCGUACCAAGCACAUGA